UAACCGGCAUUGUCGCGAAGGCCGCGUCGUCUCCUGCUGCGUAUUGUUUUCGACAAUUUCGACCGUUCGAGGUGACUGCGUGUGACAUACGUUCGGCAAGAUGAGCAACGAUUUGCCGUAUCUGGUGGAAUACGCGAAGAGCGAUCGGUCCAAGUGCCAAUUAUGCAAGCAGCAGAUCAGGAUGCAGAGCCUGAGGCUCGCCGCCGUUGUUCAGAGCCCUGUUCAUGAUGGAAAGAUACCUAAAUGGUAUCACUUCAAAUGCUUCUUCACGAAACAAAGACCAAAGUCUACUGAUGACAUAGCUCGUUUCGAUGAGAUUCGCAACACUGAUCAAGAUGCAAUUCGAAAAAAACUUGAGGAAUCUCAGAAGGCACCUGCUGCUCAACCAAAAGGAAAGAAAAGGACAAAAGGUGGCAAAGGCUCUGGAGAUUUCAGAGUGGAAUAUGCCAAGUCUAGCAGAUCCACCUGUAUAGGAUGCCAAGAAAAGAUUGUGAAAGGCGAAACAAGAAUAGCGAAGAAGGAUUACGAGACCGAGGAAGCUAGGAGGUUUGGUGGUAUGGACAGAUGGCAUCAUGUGGAGUGCUUCGCGAAAUUAAGAGCCGAUUUGGGAUAUUAUGGGCGAGGAGAUGAGCUUCCAGGUGCCGCAGAGCUCUCGAAAGAAGAUCUAGAAAGCCUCAAGGCUUCAUUGCCCAAAAUGAAUCAGGGUGACAUACCACCACCUCCUAAAAAGAUUAAGGAUGAACCAGAAGACGCAGAAGAGGAAAAGUUAAUGAAAAAACAAAAUGAACAGCUGUACGCUAUAAAGGAUAAAAUAUCAUGCCUGGAAAAGAAAGAGAUGAUGGAAUUAUUGGCAGAAAAUAAUCAGGAGGUUCCAUCUGGCGUAUCAAAUAUCACAAGUCUUUUGUCUGAUAUACUAUGUUUUGGAGCUCUACAACCCUGUCCAAAAUGUAAAGGACAACUCAUAUAUAAAUCUGGUGUGGGUUAUAAGUGCACUGGCAAUGUAACGGAAUGGGCUAAAUGCGAGUAUGUUACACAAGAUCCAAAAAGAAAAAAAUGCGAAAUACCAAGUGACAUGAAGGAAGAUUUUCCGAUUAAGUCGUACAAGUCCAAGGUAAAAAAACGAAUAUUUAAAGUAACAAUGCCGUCAUCUUCAAGUUCCGUUAAAAAAGAGGAAGAUGAAGCGGAUGGACCGAAGGUACAAGGAAAGCCACGUCCUUUGAAGAACAUGCAGUUCGUUAUAUUAGGUAAAACGCAGAAAGAUAAAGAGGAAUUGAAAAAGGAAAUUUCACUGUUGGGUGGUACCGUUACAACAAAAAUCCAUCAAGAUUUGGCAGCGGUAAUUUCGAAUCAGGCGGAGGUGGAUAAAAUGAAUAAGAGAAUGGAAGAUGUUCAGGCACACGACAUUCAAGUGAUAACGGAGGAUUUUGUAGAAGAAGCGAAAGAGUAUACAGACGCUCCUGUCAUGCUCCUAAAGAAGAAGACUAUUUCUAGCUGGGGUGGCGAUGUUAACGCUCGACUUUCCAAUGUCAUCGCAAAAUCCGCCUCCAAGAGUAAGAGCAGAUUUGAGAAAUCGGUUUCCGGUAAGGUAAAGGUAAAGGUGAAGGGCGGCGGGGCUGUUGAUCCCGAUAGCGGUCUGGAUGAUCUCGCGCACAUUUAUCAACGGGGCAAAGAUAAGUACACCGUGACUUUAGGUCUGACGGACAUACAGUCGAAGAAGAACAGUUACUACAAGAUGCAAAUUCUGAAGCAUGACCAUCGCGAGACGUAUCACCUGUUCAGAAGCUGGGGCCGAAUCGGCACCACAAUUGGCGGUAACAAGUUGGAAAGAAUGUCCUUGGAAGAGUGUAUAGAGCAGUUCGAAUCGUUGUACGAGGAGAAGACGGGCAACGAGUGGAAGAAUAGAGAGCACUUCGUCAAGGUACCGAAUUGUAUGUAUCCGAUCGACAUAGACCACGGGGAUCAGGAGGUUGCCUCCCUGGAUUCGGAUAUCAAGAGUAACCUGCAGAAACCGAUUCAGGACCUGAUGCGCCUUAUCUUCGACGUGGCCGAGAUGAAGAAGGUCAUGCUGGAGUUCGAGAUAGACAUGGAGAAGAUGCCGCUCGGGAAGUUGUCCAAGAAACAAAUUGACAAAGCUUACGCCGUUUUAACGCAACUGCAGGAGAUACUGAAGAAGAGCAACGUGGACCGCACCGCGCUGAUCGACGCCUCCAACAGAUUCUACACGCUGAUACCGCACAACUUCGGGGUCUCCGGACCGAAGAUUCUCGAAUCGCCGGAGGAGAUUCGUGCCAAAUGCGACAUGCUGGACGCGCUGCUCGAGAUGGAGAUCGCGUACAAUCUUCUGUCCUCCGACAAGACCAACGAGAAGGAGAAUCCGCUCGACGUGCAUUACAAGCAGCUGAAGACCAACAUCGACGUGCUGGACAAGACGAGCGAGGAGUUCAAGAUGAUCGAGAAGUACGUCAAGAACACCCACGCGGCCACUCACACGCAGUACGAUCUCGAGAUCGCGGAGGUGUUUGUCGUCAGGAGGAACGGCGAGGAGCAGAGGUACAAGCCCUUCAAGAAAUUGCCCAACCGAAAGCUGCUCUGGCACGGAUCCAGAACUACGAAUUACGCCGGGAUACUGUCGCAGGGUCUGCGUAUCGCGCCGCCGGAGGCGCCCGUCACCGGUUACAUGUUCGGCAAGGGUAUAUACUUCGCCGAUAUGGUGUCCAAGUCCGCGAAUUAUUGCUGUACGCACAGCCAGAAUCCGACCGGUUUGCUGCUGCUUUGCGAGGUCGCUUUGGGCAAUAUUUACGAGAGGUAUCAAGCGGAUUACAUCGAGAAGCUGCCGAAAGGGAAGCAUUCGACGAUGGGUCGUGGCCAGACGCAUCCCGAUCCGAAGGACGUCCACAAGACCGAGGACGGCAUCGAGGUGCCCUACGGAAUGGGAGUGCCUGCCAAGCUCAGCAAAAAUUCGGCAUUACUGUACAAUGAAUACAUCGUGUACGAUGUGGCUCAGGUCAAAGUACGAUAUAUGAUAAGAAUGAAUUUCAAAUACAAAUACUAAGUAUACGUAACGCAAAAAAGUGUGUGAUGUUCAAGCUCGUAUUAAAGUUAGGGUUUUUAAUUUUGUGAGAUUACAUUUCAUUCUGCUAAUUGUUAAUUUAAGAUGUGUUACUAUAAAUUCCAGUGAAAAUAUUUUGCUAGUAUUAUAACUAUUAAACUUCGUAAAACCGUUUUACCGUAAUUGAUAAUCUUCAAUUUUCAGUGUUUUGUUUCAAUUGUAUGCAAUUUGUUUAUGCGCACCGAAUAAUGUUUGCUACCUCGAAUAUUGAUAUUGCAAGAACGUAAUAAAUUUUUUAUAAAAUAAA